AGUUUAAAUAUUUGUGAUUAAGUGUAAUUUGAAUUUUAAUCAUUGUGUUGAGCUACUUGAUUUAAGUCUACUAGAUCUAGAUUAUUUGUAUGAUUUUGGAUCGAAUGAUGUGCGUAGAGGUUAUAUAUUGCGUUUUAGUACAACUUUGUGUCUCUUUUUACGAUAUUGUUUGAUUCAUCGAGCUGCUGCUGCGGAUUUAUCGGCUUGGUUGUCAAUUUGUAAUGAAUCUGUUUAGUGUGUAGACUGUAGAGAAUAAGGCAAUUAUGCAGCUAUGUAUGUAGCUUGAUAGCCUCCCAUCUCGAAUUAGAUGAUGAUGCUUUAACGCGUAUUUAGUAAGGACAAAGGCAGACACUUGCUCUGCGUCGGAGCUAUUUAACUAAUUUAUUCGAUUGCUUGGAAAACAAGGCAAAGGCAGCUAUAUUAAGAAAUUUGGCGUUUGAUGAGACUCCGGGGAAGUUGAUUUUGUUGUUUGAUUGAUUAAGGAUGAAGGGGAGCUUCUAUGGACUGAGUACUAAACAGAUAACUCUCUUCCUUGCUGCUGUUGCAUUCACAACCAUUUUAUUAAUCGGAUGGGCGAAAGCCCCUAUUGUAUCGUCCUUAAUUCCAUCUCAAGGUGGAGUCUUGAGGCUACUUCCAGUGGUAUCGGACGAAGAAUUAAAAGACAAAGAGCCUUUCAAAGGAUUAAAUGGUUCAGGAGGAGUGAGCAUGAGUGCUAACGUAGUAGCACCAGCCACUACCCCGAGCACUAUCUCUUAUGCUCCUGCCAUGGAGAUAGAAAAUUUAACUACUGUGAAUGGUAAUAUUCAAGAAACCACUACAAAGCACAAAGAGGAUUCAGAUGUCAAACAAUUAUCAGAAGGAGAAAAAGAUCUAACACUUGUAACACAGGAUUCUGUAGCACCGUUGAGCUCUGUGACUACAAAAUCAUCAGUGAUAGGAAAAGAGGAUGUGAAGACUCCUUCCAAAAGCCAAGGUUGUAACUAUGCCAAAGGAAAAUGGAUUCCAGAUGAUAAUCGACCUCUGUAUUCUGGCUUUGGUUGUAAGCAAUGGCUGUCAUCAAUGUGGGCUUGCCGCUUGACACAACGAACAGAUUUUGCAUAUGAGAAAUUACGGUGGCAGCCAAAAAAUUGUGAAAUGGACAAUUUGACAGGAUCUAAAUUCCUGAGCAGGAUGCAGAAUAAAACUAUAGCUUUUAUUGGGGAUUCACUGGGCCGACAGCAAUUUCAGUCACUAAUGUGCAUGGUUACUGAAGGUGAGGAGAGGCCUGAUGUCCUUAAUGUUGGCUGGGAAUAUGGUCUUGUCAAGGAGAAAGGACAUGUACGCCCUGAUGGGUGGGCGUAUCGGUUCCCAAGCACCAAUACUACCAUCCUCUAUUAUUGGUCUGCAAGUCUAUGUGACUUGGAGCCUCUUAAUAUUACGAACCCAGUUACGGAUUAUGCUAUGCACCUUGAUAGGCCUCCAUCAUUUCUGCGACGGUAUAUUUCCAGAUUUGAUGUCCUUGUUCUAAAUACUGGACAUCACUGGAACAGAGGGAAGCUUGAAUCUAAUCGCUGGAUCAUGCAUAUUUCCGGAAAGCCUAAUACUGAUGCAAAUAUUGCUGCCAUUGCUGGUGCUAAAAAUUUCACAAUUUACAGUAUUGUCAAAUGGGUGAACUCGGAACUUCCCAAAUAUCCAGGCCUAAAAGCCUUCUAUCGAUCCAUCUCACCCAGACACUUCUUUAAUGGAGAUUGGAACACCGGAGGUACCUGUGACAAUACUACCCCCCGAUCUGGGAACUUAGAGGUUCUGGAAGAUGAAUCCAUCGAUCCAAUUGCUGCUGGAUCUGUGAAGGGAACUAGGGUUAAACUCUUGGACAUAACAGCUAUAUCUCAGCUGAGAGACGAGGGUCACAUUUCCAGAUACAGCAUCAAAGCCACACCUGGAAUGCAAGAUUGCCUGCAUUGGUGCCUGCCAGGUGUUCCCGAUACAUGGAACGAACUCCUUUUUGCACAAAUAUAGUCCAAAGCUGGCAUUCUUCACCAUUUGGAAGAACAUGUACCAUGAUUUUUUGCAGCAAUAGGACCAUGGGCUCUCUGGUUUUUGCCAUUAAAGAAGCUAAAUAGGUGGAAACCAAAACAGACACUGGUAAAGCGUACAUGUUCUUGGCAGUUGUUAUCAGGUCACCGGCAUCAAUAUUCCUUUUCAAUUAAUUAUUGUUUUGCAGAUUGUCAAUAGGACCACACCAUAUUCUUUCUUUUGACUUGUGAUUGCACAUAGUAAUAGAGCUUGUAAAGAGAGUGUGUCAAACCAAGAUCCGAAUUAACCUCAAUCCCCGAGUCUAUGGGAAAGAAGAUAUAGUAGAUAAUAGAUAUACAUUUCAAAUUUACAAGGGGGAGCGAAGAUUAGACCCUUACACUGUAUUUAACAUAUUGAUCGGUAUAUUAUAGGAAAUCUUUGCAAUUAUACAUGAUAAUUAGUUUCGAGUC